UAGAAACACGUGACUUCUGGCACGCUGAGGCAACUUCCGGUUCAUGAGCUCGAGGCGGAGUUGAGCAGACGGACUCGAGCAUAACAUCCCUAGAAUAAAGCGGAGGCAGAGACGGCAGAUUUCUAGGAUCCGCUUCACUUCGUUUGAAGGUAUUUCUGCAACAUUAUUUAAUGAAAAGUUUAAACUCCAGCUGGAGACUCCGACGUAUCUGGAUACUGACGAUUGUUGGUUUCUGUCCUCUGCGGAGACCAGCUCGCUGGGGAGAAACGACAGGGCCGAAGAAGGAUCAGACAAAGAUCCUCGUCGGGAAGGGAGUGUUCCCUGCAGAUGUGCAGCAGCUGUUGGUGAUUACAGAGGGGGCUCCUUUAAUGGAUUCUGGACAAGCAGGAACAAGAGGAACUAUGGCCCAGUCAGGAUGGAGAGCUGUUGAUGAUGGGCUGGUGGAGAGUGUCACCAGUUUACCAAUGAUGAUGGCUCCUCUGAAGAGUGAGGAUGAUGAUGAUGAUGAUGAUAAAGAACUUCAACUUUGGUUAUAUUCAGCCCAUCUUCAUCAAACCCAAACUGAAGGCAACACAGAGGUAGAAGCUCCAACCAACAGCCCAGCUAAAUGGAUUAAAUCAGAAACUGAAGCAGAGGACUAUGGAGGACCAGAACUAACCAGUAACCCAGAUCCAAACAUUUAUUUACAACCAAAUAGUGACAGAAAGACUUCAGACUCUUCUGAGAUGAAACAUUUAUCACAUUUUGGACCUAAAAUGGAAGAUGAUGAUAAAGACUGGAAUGACAACAGGGGACAUGGGUCAGGUGUAAACAGUGAUGUGGAGUGUAACGCUACCAAAAAAUCCCUCAGCUGCUCUGAAUGUGGUAAAGAGUUUCACUACCAGAAAUCUCUCCAGAGACACCUAACACACCAUUCAGGAAAAAGGUCUUUGAGCUGUUUGAACAGUAAGAAACACUUUAAAAUGACAGAAAAUGGAAAUAUCCAGAAAAGAGUCCACACAGAGAAAAAAACAUUUGGGUGUGAUGUUUGUGGUAAUAUCUUAAGUUGUAAAAACAACCUUAGGAUACACAUGAGAGUCCACACAGGAGAGAAACCAUUCAGCUGUGAUGAAUGUGGACAUAGAUUUAGUCAAAAGUCAAGCUUAAACAAACACAUGAGAGUCCACACUGGAGAGAGACCAUUCAGCUGUGUUGAAUGUGGACAUCGAUUUAGUGAAAAGUCACACUUAAACCGACACAUGAGAAUCCACACAGGAGACAGACCAUUCAGCUGUGAUGAAUGUGGACAUAGAUUUAGUCAAAAGUCAAGCUUAAACAAACACAUGAGAGUCCACACUGGAGAGAGACCAUUCAGCUGUGAUGAAUGUGGACAUAGAUUUAGUGAAAAGUCACACUUAAACCAACACAUGAGAGUCCACACAGGAGAGAAGCCAUUCAGCUGUGAUGACUGUGGACGUAGAUUUAGUGAAAAGUCAAGUUUAAACAAACACAUGAGAGUCCAUACAGGAGAGAAACCAUUCAGCUGUAGUGAAUGUGGACAUAGAUUUAGUCAAAAGUCACACCUAAACCAACACAUGAGAAUUCACACAGGAGACAGACCAUUCAGCUGUGAUGAUUGUGGACACAGAUUUAGUGAAAAGUCACACUUAAACCGACACAUGAGAAUUCACACAGGAGACAAACCAUUCAGCUGUGAUGAAUGUGUACAUAGAUUUUGUGACAAGUCAAGCUUAAUCCAACACAUGAGAGUUCACACAGGAGACAAACCAUUCAGCUGUGAUGAAUGUGGAUAUAGAUUUAGUCAAAAGUCAAGCUUAAACCAACACCUGAGAGUCCACACUGGAGACAAACCAUUCAGCUGUGAUGAAUGUGGACAUAGAUUUAGUCGAAGGUCAAGCUUAAUCCAACACAUGAGAGUCCACACAGAAGACAGACCAUUCAGCUGUGGUGAAUGUGGACAUAGAUUUAGUCGAAGGUCAAGCUUAAACCAGCACAUGAGAGUCCACACAGGAGACAAACCAUUCAUCUGUGGUGAAUGUGGACAUAGAUUUAGUCAAAAGUCAAGUUUAGACAAACACAUGAGAGUCCACAAAAGAGAAAAACCAUUCAGCUGUGAUGAAUGUGGUCAAAGAUUUAGUCGAAAGAUACACUUAAACCAACACAUGAGAAUCCACACAGGAGAGAGACCAUUUAGCUGUGAUGAAUGUGGACAUAGAUUUAGUGAAAAGUCAUGCCUAAACCAACACAUGAGAGUCCACACAGGAGACAAACCGUUCAGCUGUGAUGAAUGUGAACAAAGAUUUACUCGAAAGUCAAGCUUAAACAAACACAUGAGAGUCCACACAGGAGAGAAACCAUUCAGCUGUGAUGAAUGUGGACAUAGAUUUGGUGUAAAGUCAAACUUAAACGAACACAUGAGAGUCCAUACAGGAGACAAACCAUUCAGCUGUGAUGAAUGUGAACAAAGAUUUAAUCGAAGGUCAAUCUUAGACAGACACAGGAGAGUCCACACAGGAGACAAACCAUUCAGCUGUGAUGAAUGUGGACAAAGAUUUAGUCAAAAAUCAAACUUAAACCAACACAUAAGAAUCCACACAGGAGACAAACCAUUCAGCUGUGAUGAUUGUGGACAAAAAUAUAGUCAAAAGUCACACUUAAACCAACACAUGAGAAUCCACACAGGACAGAGACCGUUUCCCUGUGAGGUUUGUGGUGAAUUAUUUAGGUGGCGUCUCUCUUUAAAACAACACAUGCGUGUCCAUAUAAAAUAGACAAGGCACAGUUGCAGGAUUUUGUUGCAAAUCUGUAAACAGUGUGAUGUGACGCAAACUAGCACCAUCUCCUGAGUUUUAACUUGUUCCCAGCUUUAUUUAAUCCAGACUCAUUCAAGACACACUUGAACAAAGUCUCUCACACUCUGUCUGAUUCUUCAGGAAAGUGUUUGUCUUACUCUGGACUGCUUAAACCUUAACUCACCAUUUUGUUUUUUAUAUUAGAGUGACCACUCUAUGGUCACUCAGAUAACACACUAAUUAUAGGAGUUGACUUUAACAUUAUAUUGGACAAACAGUACCACUGUCAUUGAGUUAGGAAAUCCUCAGAAUCGAUAAAACAAUACAUGAAGGAUUUUGGUCUUUGUGAUGCUUGGUGCUCUCACCACCCCACACUAAGAGAAUACACUUCUUCUCUUCAGUUCACCAUUCCUAUUCUAGAUUAUUUCUUAACUAGCACCUCGCUGAUGAGUGACAUGUCAGAAAUCAAAAUCCAUCCCAUUUUCAUCAGUGACCACGUAUCAUUCACUCUG